ACUAGACUCAGAGAUGCUGCAGAGUCGACAUGUCAGGGUGACCACUACACAGGGCACGGCGCCGAUCCUGGGGUCACCUGGAACCCAGAAACCAUGACCCUUCCAUGACCUGAACCCCCCAAAAAUCAGGAGCAACUCCACAAUACAUGCUGUUCAUUAUGAGACUGCAGCCCAUACUGUGCUGCUGUCUCUGCCUCCUGCCAGGAGUUUUGGGGGCUCAGGGGAAGUUUGCCUACAAACUGAUGAAUGAUUUAUUUGCCAAUUACUCCAAUGCUUUGCGCCCAGUGGAAGAUAUGGACAAAGCUAUGAAUGUGACGCUGCAAGUCACCCUGUCACAGAUUAUUGAUAUGGAUGAACGGAAUCAGAUCCUGAUGGCUUACCUGUGGAUCCGCCAGGUUUGGUUUGACGCCUACCUGCGCUGGAACAAGGAGGAUUAUGAUGGACUCGAUACCAUCCGUAUACCGAGCAGUUAUGUAUGGAGACCUGAUAUAGUCCUAUAUAACAGCGCUGAUGACCAGUUCACAGGCUCGAUGGAGACCAAUGUGGUGAUCAGAUAUGACGGGCAGAUCAUGUGGGACUCUCCGGCCAUCACCAAGAGCUCCUGUAAAGUGGACGUUUCCUACUUCCCCUUUGAUGGUCAGCAAUGCCGUUUGACCUUUGGCUCCUGGACAUAUAAUGGUAAUCAGAUUGACAUCUUGAACAAGCUGGACACUGGGGAUCUGACGGACUUUGUGGAGAACGUUGAGUGGGAGAUGCUGGGAAUGCCGGCGAAGAAGAACGUGAUCACCUACGGCUGCUGCUCGGAGCCGUACCCCGAUGUCACCUACACCCUAAUCCUGAAGAGGAGGGCGUCAUUCUACAUCUUCAAUCUUCUUCUUCCUUGUGUCAUGAUCUCCUUCCUGGCUCCACUAGGGUUCUACCUCCCGGCAGACUCUGGAGAGAAGGUGUCCCUGGGGGUGACCGUCCUGUUGGCCCUCACUGUGUUCCAGCUGCUUGUGGCUGAGAGUAUGCCGCCAUCCGAAAAUGUGCCACUCAUCGGGAAGUACUACAUCGCCACCAUGACAAUGAUCACGGCCUCAACAGCCCUGACAAUUUUUAUCAUGAAUAUUCACCAUUGUGGCCCAGAAGCAAAACCCGUCCCAAAAUGGGCAAAGAAAUUUAUCUUACAAUAUAUGUCCAGGAUAUUCUUUGUCUAUGAGGUGGGGGAAAGCUGCAAAAGACCUAAACCAGAGAAACCUCCCACAGUACAGGUCAUGAACGGACAAGCCAAACGGGAAGACCCCACCAACAUUCUUAAAAACAGUCAAGAGGGGGACACAAAGUGUACACCUAAGAAGAAAGACUUGGACUUGGGGCAGGAAAAUUCUUCAAGCAAUGGCCACAAUGCCUGGAAGGAUCCUGGAAAAUAUGAGAGAAGUUCUGAUCAGUGCAGGGGUGGGAAAGGUAAUGGUUGUGGAGAGUGCCCUAAAGUCGAUUGUCUGUGCCACAAUGAACGCUUGCUUAAAAACAUUGAAUAUAUGGCCAACUGCUUCCGAGAGCAAAAGGCAGCGCAAAAACGGACUGGGGAAUGGAAGAAAGUGGCCAAGGUCAUGGACCGGUUCUUCAUGUGGGUGUUCUUCAUCAUGGUGUUUUUCAUGAGUGUGCUAAUAAUGGGCAAAGCAAUCUGAGACACCUUGUCCACAGUCGAGGUUACGGCUUCUCCAGUCAUUGCGAAUCCUUAAGUACCAUUAAGUCCAGCCAGCCUCGUUAGUUGUAUACUUCAACAUCUAUAUCUAGCUUCAUAUCCUUGUCCAUGCCGUCAACGCUUACUGUCCUAAUGAAGGGCAAAAUUCUCAGAUAUAUUUUCCAUAUCUAAAGUUUAGACAGUCAAGGGUUCUCCAACCAUUUUCAUUAUACAGGAACAUGAAUGGCUGUCUGAACCUAUUUUAGAAUGUAUAGAGUCACUCUGAUACACUAAUAUUAUCCUCAACCCUACUGUCCUAAUGAAAUGUGCUAAUUAUCUGCAAAUCGAUGUAGCAGUCAUUGUCAAUGAAUUAAAACACUCAGACAACUAAGGCUCUCUCAAAAUCAUGGAGGAACAUGCUCCAGUAUGUCCAGUCUGGUUGUAUGACUAGUCGAGAAGACCAUGCAGUCAUAUCAUGGUCUUCUCAAGCUGGAUUUACAUGUAACGCUUUUUCAUAGGGUGAGAUGAUCGGAGGUUCUGAGACCUCAAUCAUUGUUCCCGGGCAGCAGAUCUUGGUGUCUAAACAACCUCUGCUGCCCAGGAACGAUGACUUUGUAUGGAAGCAUUUCUCCUCCACUUAACGAGCAGUCGAUUGUCAAAAAAGGAACGCUUCCCUCCUGAUAAUCGGCUGCUCCUUACAGCAUCUAAAUGCGCCUUAAAUAGUUUGCUAAUUAGAUUCACGGAGAAUCAGGAUACAGUAUGUAUAGAAAAGUCUUGGUCAACCAUUUGAUUCUCUGUUAUUUGUAUCUCUCCUGUCCUCAGAAGAGUUUUAUAAAAUAUCCAGAUCUACAUUCAUGCUGUCAAUGAUUCAUUCAAACCACAGUGUGUUUUUGGAGAAAGUAAAUUGUAGGUUAAGCUAUUGGAGAUACACUGUCCAUAGAAAUAACUCAAUUUGCAGGUUUCUUUAUGUCUUGUCUGGCUG